UAGAACUUUUCUUAAAAAAUAAAGACUGGAGGUUGGAGCACCUCCCACCCAGUCAGUACCUAGCAGAGCUGCGGAUGACUCCACAGACUGUCUCCGGAUCGCUUUCUGACGCUGGCCGACGCUGCACCAAGGCAGGGAGUCCCACGUGCAGACCCGUCAUUCAGCCACCUUGUUGAACUGAUCCUCCCAUAGAAGUGACUGUGGUCCUGACCUAAGUCCCUAGGUGACCCUGAAGCCUCUUUCUAUAUGACUCCAUCUGGAUUUGACUGGCUGUGGGGACAAGCUUCAAGGGACUUUCUGGGUGAAGGGACUUUGUGAGGCAGCAGUCGGCUCUCUGGCUACCAUGGCAAUCGCUGGGAACUGAAAGGACAGGGUCCAGCUUCAGCACGGGGCAUACAGGCUAUGAUGGACAACAAAGCCAUGUACCUGCAUACUGUGAGUGACCGUGACAACGGCUCCAUCUUUGAGGAACCCUUUGAUGGCAGGAGCCUGUCCAAACUGAACCUGUGUGAGGAUGGUCCAUGUCACAAGCGGCGGGCGGGUGGCUGCUGCACACAGCUGGGCUCCCUGUCAGCGCUGAAGCAUGCGGUCCUGGGGCUGUAUCUUCUGGUCUUCCUGACUCUUGUGGGUGUCUUCAUCUUAGCAGUGUCCCGGCCUCGCAGCUCCCCAGAUGACUUGAAGGCGCUGACUAGGAACAUCAACCGGCUGAAUGAAAGCUUCCGGGACAUGCAGCUACGGCUGCUGCAGGCUCCGUUGCAGGCAGACCUGACGGAACAGGUGUGGAAGGUUCAGGAUGCACUGCAGAACCAGACAGACUCACUGUUGGCCCUGGCAGGCUUGGUGCAGAGACUGGAGGGCACACUGUGGGGGCUGCACGCGCAGGCUGCACAGACUGAGCAGGCGGUGGCCCUGCUGCGUGACCGAACAGGACAGCAGAGCGACUCCGCACAGCUGGAACUCUACCAGUUGCAGGUGGAAAGCAAUCGAAGCCAGCUGCUGCUGCAGCGGCACGCAGGCCUGCUGGAUGGGCUAGCACACAGGGUGGGGGUCCUGGGCGAGGAGCUGGCUGAUGUGGGUGGUGCACUUCGUGGCCUCAACCACAGCCUAUCCUAUGACGUGGCUCUGCACAGCACGUGGCUACAGGACCUGCAGGUGCUGGUGAGCAAUGCCAGCGCAGACACACGCCGUAUGAGGCUGGUGCACAUGGACAUGGAGAUGCAACUCAAGCAGGAGCUGGCCACACUCAAUGUGGUGACUGAGGACCUGCGUCUGAAGGACUGGGAGCACUCCAUCGCCCUGAGGAACAUCACCCUUGCCAAAGGACCACCAGGACCCAAAGGUGACCAAGGGAAUGAAGGGAAGGAGGGAAAGCCAGGUAGCCCUGGACUUCCUGGAUCUCGAGGUCUGCCAGGAGAGAGAGGUGACCCAGGAAUGCCUGGUCCUAAGGGUGAUGAUGGGAAGCUAGGAGCCACAGGUCCCAUGGGCAUGCGCGGAUUCAAAGGUGAGAGAGGCCCAAAGGGAGAGAAAGGAGAAAGAGGAGAGAGAGCUGCAGGUGAUAUGGAUUUCACAAUGAUUCGCCUGGUGAAUGGCUCUGGCCCACACCAGGGCCGGGUGGAGGUAUUCCACGAUCGUCGCUGGGGCACAGUGUGUGAUGACGGCUGGGACAAGAAGGAUGGGGACGUGGUGUGCCGCAUGCUGGGCUUCCACAGUGUGGAGGAGGUGCACCGGACAGCUCGUUUUGGGCAAGGCACAGGGAGGAUCUGGAUGGAUGAUGUGAACUGCAAGGGAACUGAGAGCUCCAUCUUCCACUGCCAGUUCUCCAAAUGGGGCGUGACAAAUUGUGGGCAUGCUGAGGACGCUGGAGUGACUUGUACUGCCCUCUGAAAGUGGCCACAGCCCAAGGCUAGGGCACUGCCUCAGAGCCACAUUCCUGUGUCUCUGGGGUAGGGGGAAUUGCUUGGAGCCACCUAGCCAUGGCUCGUGCCCAAUCCAACACCACCCUACCCUUGCUGCCAAUUGGCCAUACUCUGGUUCCAAGGUGACCUGGUGUCACUCUCUUUGCAGACAACUGCUCCAACGUGCUCGUGGGACCUACAUUCUGUCUUUCUCUUCCACCAAGGUUUCUACAUGGGGAGCCCCAGUCAAUUGAACCAGCAGUGUGUUCAGUUAUCUGAAGACGAUUCAUAAAGGCCUGGGGAUCCAUAUUCUCUUUGGUCUCUUGGUUAUGGAUGGAUGAUGAUAUGAUGUUAUAGGCAAGAGCAGCAAUGGAGGUGGGAGGUGUUAUGGGUCAUUUACUUUGCAGAUAACUCCCCAGCAAGUAGAAACCCUUAAUGACUCUGUUUCCCCACUUUUACUCUGCCUCUUCACACUAUAUAUUAGUUUGAGGAAGGGGCAGUGGAGAAGCCAGCUACGGAGGACACUUAAGAAAAUGGCAGACACCUGAAGAACCCAGCUGGAGCUGGAAAGGGAAGGGGAAAACUACCAUGGUGUGUUACAUCAUAUCUUGGGUGCUGGAAUCACUUAUCCAUAUUGCUGUGUUCAUAAUACAAGGCAUGUCCCUCGGGGCAGGAUCCUGCCUCUUGGGAGUGCUCACCUGACCUGCUCACCUGGCUUCCAAGUUAGAAGACCAAGAAUGACCAAGACUGAAACCAGGCUCCCAUAUGAAUCUUAGUCUGCUCCUGUUAGGCCUGAGCAACAAGCUUGGGCUAUCGACAUUGCUUAUCAGAAGGUUGUAUGCACCAAGUCCUCCAGCGAGCACAUGUGAGAUCAGACGUGAUGGGCUUCUAAGUCAAGUGUACACACAGGAGGGUGAUUUUAAAGUGUGACAUGGGAGGUAGACACAGUAACCUGAGCCCAUCAGUCAUUAGAGACUGUGUCUUGGGGUCGUUGAUGACAGUGUACCUUCCAGGCCUCUCUAAAUAGAAUCUUGUGAUCCAAAGAAUGCAAUCCUGAUAAGCCCCAAAAGGAUAGAAAGUAUGAAAUUCUAUAACCUUCCCAUGGGAAAUGAAAGCCCUUACGACUCUUCAAGCCUGUGAGCUUCACUUCCCUCCUGUGUACAAAGAGAGCAUCAUCUGUUCUUGACCCAAGGAGGAGGUGAACUAGAUUGUGCAUGUGUUCUAGAACUGGGGGAGGUAUACAGGGCAGCAACUGAGUGUAGACCUGUCUGUAGAUAGUAGAGUCCCAGACACAAUCACAUAUCCUGUGAGGUGAGCACUGUCCUGCUCUGGGUCAUGAAGACCUAGGUACCCCCAGGUGUAGUUGCCCCAACGAUCCUGACUGGCUGCUCAGCCAAUAUGUGAUCUUGGUCAUUCUUGCUUGCAAUAUGUGUUACUCACUACUGUUCUCAUGAUAUGACCAACUGUUAUGUUUACAUAACAUGCAUGUACUCAUGCAUCUUCUUGCAGAGCAAAUGUAUGUAUACCUGUAUAAGAGGAGCACUCCUAUUACAUUGUUCAGCACGUCACGAUGGUUAUGUUUUUAAAAGAUAUGCUAGAGGCUAUGUUUUUUUAAGGUAUUUUUUUAAAAGUGCCUAAACAUCACUUUGAGAAUUGUGGGAAAGAAUCCAUUUACCCCAAUGAUGAAGACUCAGUCACUUUCUCACUUGGUCUUUACAUGGAAGAAACACACGUUUGGUUUUAUGUCUAUAAAAGCAAUGUUGAAAAGUAUUUUACCCAUAAAAAUAAAAGUCGACUAGUUUACAAACCUACCUAUGAGGGCGUGGAAACGACCAUGGCCUGUAUUUCAGGGACUAAUGGAAACUAGGCCUAAAAUACUUCAGAUGUUUUGUAAGAAAGACUCUCAAUAAAGCAGACAUUUGAAAUAGA